GAUAUUGGGUGUCUUAAUUGUUAAUUGUUAACCAGAAAUUCACUUUUAAUUCGCAUGUUAGAAACAGUGAAAAAGUGCAGUUACCUGGUUUCACAGCUGUCGCCUAGUGCUGUAGUGACAGACUAUGGGCAGCUUAUAACCAGUGUAUAUAUACACCGACCACUGGUCUGGUUUACGUAGGUUCUUUUUUUGCCAUUAGUGUCUGUGUCUGUGAAACCAACAGUCCGUCAGUCUGCAACAGUCUGUCAUUAAUUAGCCAUGCUGUGCUGAGCCUCAGGCGUCAGAGGCCUCAUCCAGCAGUCCCACCUCUGUCUUUGGCUAACUGGUCCACUUCACAUGGUUGUGUGCGCUGCAUAUGUGUGUUUAAGUGCUUGAUCUGUGAGACACUGUGUGUGUCUGCUCACUGGCCUUUGUUGUGGCCUGCAAGAGGCCACAUUCCUUCACUGAGGCUAAAAGUCUGCUUUGAUAAAUUGUAGCAAUGGCUCAUUUCUUUUGAUCUUUACCAAAUGCAGUUUGGGAUUGGAUUAGUGGUUUUAUUUUGAAUAUUUAAAAUGAAGUAAUAAUCAGCACAGCUGAUUCCCAUACUAUGUGUAAUCAGCAGCUCAUCUGGAUUCAAAUGAGAGUAUUGUUUUCUGAGCAUCAGGACCGGACUGAAGCUGUCAACUUUUGUGCAGAACAACAUUACACGUGCCGAGGUGGGUGGAGCCAGGGAGCCCCAUCCAUCUUCUAUGUGCAGAGGUGAAGAAGCUUGACAGAAUAGUAAGGGGGUUAGGGGUCACUGAUAAGAGACAGACUAGUAAUUUGAAGUGUGAAAAGUGAUUUCCCCCUGUUGUUAAAGUAGUCACCUGAUUAUUUCCAGUAAAUUAGCUUUUGGAUGAUCUGAUGGAUUUUUGGUAUUCUGUAAAGUUUCUCUGCUGUUUAUAUAAAUAAUAUCUAAACACUAUCUCUCAUAUUGUUCUGUUUCCUUACUGCUUACUGCUCAAACUAUAGGUUGUAUGUGAAAUAUUGAUAUGGCCACCAAGAAAUCCCUCACCAGUUUGUGGAUUCGCAUUUUAUGAAGCUUUGAGUUUUGAAGCUUUGAGGGGUUUUCACUGAGGCAGUCCUGGUGUUUUUAAACCACAUCUGACAAGCAAAGUUUGGAUCUAAUGAAAUAACUGAGAAAACCAGACUUUCCCCAGCUAACUACUUGUGACUGACAAGUUAGCCAAUGAACAUAGCCAUAAUGUUUUAUUCACCGUAUUCCAGAAACUGGGAAGAGUCACCAGGAAAAUGCUUAAUGAUGUCAUGGAUCAAGGUAGCCAAAGGCUGGCUUUCUCAUAACUAGAGGAGUCGCCUCCUGCUGGCAGCAGCAAGAAAAUACAGAUUUAAGACCUUUUUUUUUUUUACUCAUGUUUGCUUCACUUUUCCAACUUGGAAGCUAGGUCUAUAUUUCAUACUCUCUGUAUGCUGUUGCCUUAGUUUUCUGAGCCAGAAGUGACCAUAUUUGGAUGAAAUAAUGAGAAAUCAUGUAGCAGUGAACAUUGUACCACUUGUUUAGUAACCUGCAUUUACAAAAUGUAUGGACAGAGAUGGAUAGCUGCUAAUUCGUGCUAAGUAAAGAGUUAAGACGUGUUAAGUGCACAGCAGUCCAAACCUUUCUGUCAAAUCAUUGCAUUAAAAAAUACUCCAAAAGGCGAAGCCUAGCUCACAGAUAGUUUGCUAGUUAGCACUCAUCUAUUACUUAAAUCAGCCUAGGAAGUGUAAAAUUAGCCUGGUCUAGUACCAGCCUGUAGAGUUGUUUAUUUCUGCUGUAAAGUUGGGCAUUACAACAUGUAAAUAUUGGAGAUAAACUUACUUUUAGAAUCAGCCUCAAGUGGCCAUUUGAGGAACUUCAUUUUCCUCGUCUUUGGUGACAAUUUUGAGGACAGGCCAGGUAGACUGAAUGUUGAAUCACUGUUGGUGAUGAGUGCGAGCACACAUGUAAUGAUCAGUUCACGGCCAGACACAGACAUCAUAUGUUUUUGGCCAUGCAGUGAUUAAAAGGUAAUUAAACGUGAAAAUGUACUGUUAACAUUAAUUGCAAUAUUGAUUGCUUAUCAAAUAAAACCGCCUUACUCUCUGUACCAGCCGAUUCAUUUGUUUCUACUUAAGAUCGCUCAGUGUUUAAAAUCAUGUCAGUGAUGAUGAAUGUUUAAUCUCAUCAGCACAUCCCACAUCAGCCUUAGGAUGCCAAAAUGUGCAUACACAUACUAUUGUUCACGCACAUGAACCAAACACUUCUUGAAAUGCUGUACUGGCGCUCGUGUUUCUGGAAUCACCAUAUGAGGAAAACAAAGAGGGCUACAUAUGUUUCAAAACAAAGGAAAAACAAAGCUGGUUUGAAUUUACAUUUUUGUGUAUACAAAACAUACCUUAAAUAAUCAGUGAGGGUCUGUUUGUCUUUAAAAAAUGCAGCAGUGUAUAGCCAGAGAAGCUACUACAACCUUGAAUAUUUAAGAAAAAAAACAAACGGGCCAUGCCGUGCCACGCUAGCCCCACCAGGCAGAAGCUUCUACAUCAGGAUGGCAUUGGGAUUCCUUUUUGAUGAUGUACAUGACCAAGACCUCUCCUGCUGUUUUGUGUUGUCGGGACUUUUUGGGUUUUUUCCAGGAACAAGCUGCCCCAGAUCAGUCUUAAUAGUCACUGAAAUCUUCUUCAUAUGACUGCAUCACAUUUUCUCACGUAAUUAUCUCUCUGUCUGUUCAUCUGUUUCUGUUUUCUGUCUUUUACUGCGUCUGAUUCCGUCUUUCCGUUUUCCAUGUCUCUGUCCUCUUCUAUCUGUUUAAGUCUUUGCAUCCUUGAGUUUUUGUUUUUUUGUUUUUGUUUUGUUUUUGCUGAUGAAAUUUUUGCAUGGCAUUGUUGUGUAACUAAAUAGCUGUACUUAGCUACAAGUGAAAGUGAGUGAUGAUCAUGGCUUAUCAUGUAGGUAACAAUAAAUCAGUGAAUAAAGGAUAUAAUUGUUUUUUCUGCCGUCUGUCUCUCAUUAUAGCCAUGCAAACUAUGCUUGCGGUGGUAAAGCUGCCUCUGGCUCUCUUCUGGUCCCUCUUCCCUUCUUUAAAAAAAAAAAAACAUUUCUAAAGAAAGUAAAUAUAGCAACACAUUAACAAGACCUAUUUCUCUUUUGUUGAGGUCUGCUGCAGUCGUCUUUGAAACCUAACAUUUCUGACUGCUGGGCCUCUUUGUUGGGGUUUCCUGAUUUGAUGAAUGUCCCUUCUGGGCCCCCGUUGACAGGUACUCUCUUUAGAGACAUGGCUUUCAACCAGUCAAUGUACAGUACCUCAAAUGUGCACAAAGAUUUUAAAUGGCACUGGAGGUCAUGGGCCUUAGCUAAACAUGUAAUCACAAAGUCAGCGCUAACCUGAGUGUAAUCUGACCGCUUUGAAUUUAUAAUUAACUUGUCCCAUAUUAGUCAGAGUUACUUUGUUUUGCAAAUUCUCUCUGUCAUUUACAGCUUCUCAAAUUGUGAACACAUGUUGUUUUUCACCUAUUUUACAUAAUCACUCAGGUCAGAGUCUUCCUUGUACAAGACAUUUAAUGUUAAGUCAUCGAUAUGUACUGUGGCACGUUUUUAAGGGCUGUUUUAUAUUGUUGGCAGACUUUUAUUGGGAUAAAGAAGUAGUCAUCAAAAUGGGUUCAAGCUGUGCUAUUAGUGCAUGUACAGAUAAUAAAAUGAGAAAGUUGUGAAUCUUUUUCCCUUUCUUUCCUUCUCCCACUUCAUCUUUGGGCCAAUGGAAACUUGCAGCAUAUGUAACUAACUUCUCAAACUGUUCCUGCUGCUGUGUCACCUGACUCAUGAGUCAGCUAGCUCAUGAACAUGGAUAAAUAUUUCAGUCCAGAAGAACCCAAAUGUUGCUGUAUUGAUGUUAGGAUUACACAGAAGUCCCUGAAAAUGUUUCAGCAUGUGGGGGUUCCCUGCCCGCAAAAAGUUAGGGAACCACACGGUUAAACAACUGAUCAAUUGUUGGAGUAAUCAACAUAUUAGCUUCCCAACAUUAUAGUCUACUAGAAGGCAUGUGUUCAGAUUUCUUUCCAUGUGCAAAAUGCAUAUUUUUCAGAAAGAGGGGGGAAAGAAGGAGGUAGUGCUGGAGAGCAUGACGAAGCUUGCAUUUGAUUGUUUCUCUAUGUUGAAGGUUACCAGGCAACUGAAACCAGUUUGUUGAAGGGGUUUUGUAGUUACAGCACUGCUUACACACGAUUCCUAACAGUGUCAGAGACAGGCAGGGAAGCACACACACGCCUAUGGAGUUAAUGUUCCCUGUUCCAUGUCUUGUCCCUUCCAAGUGUUUCCGUUAGGGUCUCUAGAGAAGUCCCCUUUCAUAAAGCUUGUCAAACAAUGGCUUUUAACUGUCCCACUGAGACAAAAGCAAAGAGGUUUGGGAAAAAUGAUCCAUCAUUCUGACACUUUUCCAUGACUUGCUUAAACUGGUGAGAAUGUCUUGCUUUACGUGAGGUGUCAUUUUUGAUGUCAUGACGUAGCCUUAGCAUUGAGGAGUGUGCCUGUUAAUGAAUUACCCAUUUUAGGUUGAUAAAUGAAAAUAUAUUUUUGAUGGAACAGAUGUGUUAACAUGGAUUUGCUGUCUUAUUUAUAUAUGUAGCAACUUAACUCCCUUUUCCCCUCAUUUAACACCUGACCUUUGGCUGAAGACAAAUGCUAAGACCGGGUCAUCCAGCUGGUCUGAAGAGACUGUAAGAUGGUCAGGUUAGCCUGGAUUCAACCCUAUGAGGACAUGAGAUACUUCUUCAGUGAUUAAGGAGGUUAUUGCUAUUGUAGUGUGUGUUUGUGCACUUGUAUGGACAGAAAGUUUGGAAAUUAUCAUUGAUCUCUUCCAUCCUAGAGGCCUCUUUAGUGGCUGGUGGGGUGUAAAGCUGCUGCCAGUCAGGCUUCAGUCAGAAGGGAAAAUACAAUACAGUAUAACUAAACUGAAUUUACAUUUUUGGAAUUUGAAAGCGAUUCUGUUGCUGAUUCUGUCAUGCAGUUGCAUUAACUUUUUUCACCUCUCUGGAAGUGAUUCCUUGCAGAAAACACCUGAGAACCACUGCUUCUCAUGCUUAAAAUGCGUAAAAUUCCAAUUUUCACAGGGUUGUUUUUUUUUUUUUUUAAUUUCUUGAUUGGUAAGGAUGUUAAUAAGGAGUAAGAGAUAGUCCAACAUUAUUUGAUCACGUUUGGAGCAGUGACUGACUAAAUUGGGAGUGCAGUUUCACAUGUGAAAUGUGUAUAAUUAAAAAGUCUGUAUGUUUAACCAUGUGUUCAAUAGGCUACUGGCUUAAUGGGUUAACAAACAAAGAAAAAAUCCUGUUUGCAAAGCAUUCCUCUCAUAUCGCAUUAUUGUGAAAGUCAACAUCUUCUCAUGCCAGAAUACUUCACGUUCCUUUAUCAUCUUCACCCUAAUAGAUGCACUUAAAAUGGUUCUAGAUAUUAGUUGUGUCACAUGUCAACUGUGACCUCGCCACAGCCGGUCACCAUUUGCACUGGUGGCUGGGGUGCCCUCAACCUAUUGCAAUCUCCUGCUGAGUGAUACAUGUUGCCACUUGGGAGUAAAAGAAGCUGAAAUAGAAAGGAAAUCUUGACAGAUGUUACAGUAAUACCUGCACUCAUAGGCUUGUAUCUUCAACCUGCCCACGCUGGCUGCGCAUCAGGUUGCAAAAAUCCCGAGAAACAUGACAAAGCAAGCUGCGCUACAAAGGGUGGAAUCAGUUUUGGCAUAUGCCACCAAUCACAAUCAUGAAAACAGCAAAAAUAAAACAUGUUUUAAGUUACCAGUUAGCAUUAGCAAGGUUGCAUAGAAAACUGAAUAUGCAAACCAGCAGAUGCAUCCCGCAUGAGGCAGAUACCUGUUAAUAAGUGCUAAGUAACAUGUUAAAAAAAUACUAGAAAUCUACUCAGCAAAACUUCUUUUUCACAGGCUGUUAGCACAAUUAACCACAAAACUAGCUGUGAUGUUUGUCAGAUAAUUACAUUAAUGAGGAUAUAAUUGGCCCUUAGAGCAGGAGGAUGGUUAGGAGCUCCAGUUUAUUCAUUAAAAAUAGCAGAUGCAAAACUGGCAGUCUGCUAGUCUGCUGUUGCUUUUGGCAUGUAUGUGUCAUGUAAAGUAGCCAAGCUCCUAAUAAUGCAUUAAUUUAAAUCUUCUUUUGAAAUGAUAGGUAGGCAUUUUAACCAAGGAGUUUAUGGAAUUCACAUUUAAGCCAGUUACAAGCAGCCAUCUGAGAAACUCUGAGAAACUCCUCGGAGGUUUCAACCAAUACUGUUCACAUGGUAGCUUCCCUCUUUUUUUUCAUCCUUGUGUUAAGUUAUCGCUUCAUUAGGAUUUACUUGGAGCCAUAUCUUCAAAAGGUCAAUAAAAUCUGUUUCACAAAACACUUUGAGAUCUUUCCAAGCUCUCCAAGAGUGAGGUCUCUUCAACCAAACUGUUGAUACACUGCAGUUCAAAUAUGUUGGAACAGAUAAAAAGUUAUUUUCCUCAAGACAACAUAAUAAAAUAAAGAUUCAUAUUAAAACAAUCAUCUGGUGGGAUCGAUUUUGGCGCUAAAGGCAUGCUUUUCUGUUGUUUUCUGUUGAUACAUCAAAGGCUCAGUGAAGGGCAUGCAACAUUUGCUAUUUUCAAAUAUUGCCUAAUUAGAGAGCGAGGAUGAGGGAGCAUGCUUUGUGUAUCUGAUUGAUAUUUCUUUGUUUUUAUGUCAGCUCGAUGGCCCUGCAUGCUGUCAAGCUUUUCUGUUAUGCACGUCAGCAUACAUCCAGCAAUAAUUUUUCAUCUGCGUAGCAAGGUUUAUAACUGUUUCCAAUAUAAAAUAAUUACAGACAAGUCAAACCGUGAAGAACAAAAGGAAGCAGAGAUGCUUGGAUGAAAGUGAGGGAGGAGAUGGAAACAGAGGAUUGAAGAAAUGUUUCCGUAGCCACUUCUUUCUCUGUGUCGCUAAGCAGCGCAGAACCGUUUUCUCCACACGAGAAGCCCCGACAUGCUCGUACUGAUAAUUUUCCACUCCGCAUCUGUAAUUUAGAACAGGGCAUCUAGGCUGUGAUGAUAAAUGGUUACAUGCUAGGUGAUGAAAACUUGUUAUACGAGUGCUACAUCAGCACAUUAGCUUUCAUGAGGGCAGAAAUACCUGUGAUUCAAGUCCCAGCUGUUAAAGUUCAAUAAAAAUUGCGUUUUCAGUGCAGACACAAGAGACCUCUGGAAGCCAUUAUGUGGUGAGGAAGAAGAUGUGCCGGGAAGUAGUUUAAAAUUAAAAAGAGAUCACUGAUUUACCCCCUAGCCUGCACAUCUGCCGCGCAGUUCAAAAGCAUCCACAGAGGUUCUGUUCACCCUGAAUCAACCUCCCCCUGCUCUUGUUUAUUUAUAUCGCUGUUUGUCCUAGACCACCUCGCCUUUUGGUCCUAAUAGACAUGAAGUAAUGCUUCCGGUGACACUGAGGUGCCCUGCUGUUUUUGACUUUAAUGCAGACGGGGUCUCCUCUCUGCAUCGACACAAUAAAUGUAAAUCAAGCCAACCUCAGAGAAUCCACAAUGAAUAUUUCCCCUCACAAGUUCUCUCAGCUGUGGUUAUUUCACUGAAUCUGGGAACUGUGGCUUCCCCUCCCCUAAUUCCACCACAUUUUAUUGUGCAUGCCUCUAACCAUGUGCAAAAGCAGUGGGGAUUCCCUUACAUCUUCCUUAUCCCUGUUUUCCUUCAUCGCGCUCUGCUCGGUUGGAACGAGCAGUCACUGCAUUCAUUCAAGCAGAUUUUUAGUUGCCCGUGAUGUUGCGGUUUGAGUUUAGUGCCAAUAGCUUGCUGUGAUCAGAAGUUCACUCACAACCUCAGUCUUGGUUAGUUAAGAGCUGGCAAUUUGGAUGUUGUGGAUUUAAUAAGUUUAGAACAGCCGUCGCCUGCUCUGAAAUUUUGUGGGUGAGAGAAUAGAACAUAUUUAUUAUUCACAAGAGUUCAACAUUCAAAUUGGACCUAUAUUGCAGUUGUUACGGUCACUACUAGUUACCCAGGCCACCCUGAGGGUUAAUUGGCUGUGCUAGUCUCUUCAUGAGCCAGAUUAGAUGUAUUAUUUAUAUAACCUGUAUGGUUGGGUGGUGAGUGUGUACCCAGUAGGUGUGUGGGUGUGUCUCCUGGGAGCUGGAUCAGCCUUCUGUGCAGAGGUCUGCCUUUGUGUACAAUUGGAGCUGAGCUCAAGUGCAGACAGCCCCGCAGUGUCUCCUGCAGUCAUGCCCUACCAUGUUGGCUGGUACUUGCUCCUGGGAUGCCUAUUGCUGGAUUUAUUGGGGUUGCAUGUACAAGGUCAAAGACGACGGGAUGGAAAGAAUGCGUUCCUGCGUCGAGAAAGUUCACGAGGCGAUGGGACGGUCCCUUCUAGACCCAAUCGGAAAGGUUCAGUAGGUCGUGGGGGUGUCCUUUUGGUGGAUGAGGACACUGACUUGUUGGAUACGAUCUUCCAAAAUGGCAGACAAGUGAACCCACGGUUAAAACCUUCCAGAAAUGGACCUAAGGGAAGCCAGAAAGGGAAACCUGAACUAUCAUCUAAAAACAUGGAUGAAAAUAUUACCACAGAGAAGAAGAAAGAUUCUAAUGGGAGGACUUCAUCACUGUUUCCUGGAAAGCCUUCAGAUGAUAUAAUAGACCUGGAUAUUGGAGGUUCUCCUAAGAAGCCCUCGCUCGGUUUUCCUGCACCUCCUAAGAUUCCUUCAGAUCCCAGAUCCGCCACAGAUUCUAGCAAAGAGACCACGACUAUUUCACCUCGCAGCACGCAGAGUUCCAUACAGUUUGAUCGUAGACGUGAGCACAAAGGCAGACUACCAGAAAAAGGCCGCCCUGCAACUGUAGCCAUUGUGUCUAGAGAUGGAAACCUGGUUUUGGGCUCAGAUGGCAAAAUGUACCGGCUUCAGAGAGGCCCACCUGGCCGAAUGGGUCCGCCUGGGCUGGAAGGUUGUCCUGGUGAGCCGGGCCUCCCUGGGUUUAAAGGUGAUAAGGGUAAGACAGGCCCUGAAGGAAGACAAGGAAAAAAGGGGGAGAGGGGACCUCCUGGACCGCCAGGUUUACCAACCCUCUACCUGUGGAGGAACACUGCUGAGGAAUGGGCUGCAUUCCAGCAAACCAGUUUCUACCAGUUGCUUGCUGCAGGUUGGCCUAGUAGAGAAGGCCCCGCAGGACCACCUGGAGAAAUGGGCAGGCCUGGCAGACGGGGGCCACCUGGUGAACCUGGGGAGCGAGGAAGACCAGGGAUGCCAGGAGAGAUGGGGGAUCGUGGUCCUCGUGGCCCUCCAGGACGAUCUGGGACUGCAGGGCGAGAUGGGGACAAUGGGGAAGAUGGUCAGCCGGGGUCACCUGGUGUUCCUGGAUCACAGGGCCCGUGGGGAUACAGGGGGGAGCGAGGACCUAAAGGGGAAAAAGGUGAUGAGGGUCUUACUGGCCCCAGAGGUCCAAGAGGUGAAAUUGGUGAACCUGGCAAGAAGGGUGGAACUGGUUUACCUGGUCCACAAGGCCCUGUUGGACCCCGCGGGCCUCAGGGAAUCCGAGGUGGCGCUGGGCCAGAGGGACCCCCUGGGCCUGAUGGGGAGAGUGGACUGGAUGGCCUCCCAGGUCUGCCAGGGCCACCGGGUGCACCAGGUGCCACAGGACGAGUUGGCGCACAAGGAGUUAAUGGCUCAAGGGGGGACAUUGGACCUGCUGGCAGUGAUGGCCUUAAAGGCCCACAGGGGCCUCCAGGUCUCGAGGGACAGAUUGGACCUCCGGGACUCCGAGGACCGCAAGGGCAUCUAGGAUUGACGGGUUCUCCUGGCCCCAAAGGAGAUCCUGGGCCUGUGGGGCCUGUGGGGGCCCGGGGGGAUCCCGGCUCAGAGGGACCUAUGGGUGCACCAGGAAGAAAGGGUGAUGUGGGUUUUCCUGGAAGAACGGGUAACAGAGGACCAGACGGGGAAAAGGGUGAUCCAGGAGCUAAAGGCGACAGAGGUAUUCAGGGGGCAACAGGCAUUAGCGGUCCUCAGGGCGAGAGGGGCCUCGUUGGAUUCCCUGGUUUCCCAGGAGCCAAAGGCCAGCCCGGCCCUAAAGGCACUGAGGGCAUCGAUGGCGAAACUGGCCUCCAGGGAAAACAGGGCAGCUGUGGGUUAAAGGGAAACAGAGGACCAGAUGGACGUGAUGGCAAACCAGGACCCAGGGGGAACAAGGGUUUGACCGGACAAAGAGGUCAUCCUGGCCAACCAGGCCCACCGGGUUUGCCGGGGCCACCUGGAACAGAGGGAGCAGAAGGAAAGCCUGGUACACAGGGUCCCUCAGGUGCAGCUGGUGUUGCUGGUACUAAAGGGCCGAUGGGGUUUCAAGGAAUUCCCGGAGUGAGAGGAACUGAUGGUGCACCAGGUUCUGCGGGGCCAACGGGGAAGACGGGGCCUCCAGGCUCACCAGGACCCCCAGGAGAAAGGGGCUUCACAGGAAAGCCAGGGUUUGAGGGACCUCAGGGCCCUGUAGGCAUGUAUGGUAUCCCAGGAACUGUGGGAAUGCGUGGGCCAACAGGUUUCACAGGACCAAGGGGGGAGCCAGGUUUACGAGGAUUACCCGGUCCUGUUGGGAAGCCUGGACCUCCAGGUUUGCAAGGUCCUCCUGGAGAGAAGGGACCCCGGGGACCACAGGGUCGUCUAGGAGAUGACGGCCUCAAAGGGAUACAGGGUCCACAAGGUCCUCCAGGUCUACCAGGUCCUGAUGGGGCAAUUGGAAAACCAGGACCAAUGGGAAGCAAAGGGCCUCCAGGACCUCAGGGACCACAGGGGCAGGCAGGAAUCCCAGGUCCGCAGGGUGCUGAUGGAUUAUCAGGGGAACCGGGGGAAAGAGGACCUAAGGGUUUACCUGGAUUACCUGGAGAAGCAGGCCCCAUGGGACGACAAGGACAGCAGGGUCCUCCUGGCCACACAGGAAUCGAGGGCCCACUUGGAAGGAAAGGAGACCAGGGGGAUUUAGGACCUUGUGGGAAACCUGGUUCUAAAGGGCCACCAGGAGAGAGGGGACCUCAGGGGGGAAAAGGCCUGCAAGGACCAUCUGGACCAGUCGGUAAAGAGGGGGAUGUUGGACUUCCCGGUGAAGUUGGAGAUCCUGGGCCCAAGGGGGAGAAGGGUGAGCUGGGACCUCUUGGUUUGUCUGGUCGAGAGGGUCCCUGGGGACACCUCGGAGAAAAUGGUGACAGGGGUCCAAAGGGGGAGAAGGGCCACUUGGGACUGAUGGGUGAACCAGGACUGAUGGGUGAACUAGGCCCUGUGGGCCUGCCUGGGUUACUGGGAAUGAUAGGUCCUCCAGGACGUCCAGGUCCCGAUGGACCUCAGGGAGAGAAGGGCGAGCAUGGGCCCGUAGGAAUUACUGGACCACCGGGUUCAGCAGGCCCUCAGGGGAUAAUGGGGUCACGUGGUGUCAGAGGAGAUCCUGGGAGGCUCGGACCACCUGGUCCAGUAGGACAUGCAGGACCAAAGGGACAUGAGGGAAGUAAAGGAGAACCUGGGGAACUGGGACUCAAGGGAGAGCCAGGACCUCCAGGCCCACCAGGGGAGCCGGGCGAUGAUGGUCUUCCAGGAAUUCAGGGUCCUGAGGCUCUGCCGGGGUUAGAGGGGCCUCCUGGAGAGGUGGGACCCCAGGGCCUCCCAGGUCCUAUAGGUGUUCCUGGAGUUCAAGGAAGACCGGGACCUGAAGGCAAACAGGGCAUGAAGGGGGAGAAGGGAGAAGAAGGCAAGACUGGUUCACCAGGGAAGAGGGGUCAUGUUGGAAGGAGGGGAAAAAGGGGAAAGGCUGGAGUCACAGGGCCCAGGGGAGAGAGAGGACCAAAGGGUGAAAAGGGAGACACAGGACCGGUGGGGCUCCCUGGAUGGUCAGGACUCAUUGGAAUCCCCGGCUUACGUGGAGAGUCAGGUGAUCAAGGUCAAAGGGGUGAAAAGGGUGACAAAGGAGACAUGGGACUGCCUGGACUACCUGGAGUUGAUGGCAUGAAGGGUAUCCGUGGUCCUGUUGGAUUGCCUGGUCCAGAGGGUCCAAAAGGGGAACAGGGAAACAUUGGUCUGCCAGGGCCCAGGGGCAUGUCAGGGAUGCCUGGAUUGCCUGGUUUGUUUGGAUUAAAGGGAUUGAAAGGCUACCAAGGUCUGCCUGGUCCACCUGGCAGGAAGGGGCUGCCGGGUCCACCUGGCAUUCCCGGACUUCCCGGAAAGUCACUGAACAUGACCUUGUCUCAGCUCAAGGACCUCAUGUACAUGUCAGAUAAGCCCAACUACCUUCUGAUCCAGACGUUGCUGGAUACUCUUCAGGAGGAGCUUCGGCUGCUUUUGGAUCCUCCUGAUGGCAGCAAAGAGCAUCCAGCUACUACCUGUCUGGAGCUCUGGCUCUGUCACCCUGAAUACAGCAGUGGAAUGUAUUACAUUGACCCCAACCAGGGCAGUCCUGCCGAUGCCCUGCUGGCUUACUGCAGCUUCUCUUCCACAUCAAAACAGACCUGCCUUCAUCCUCAAGACUCUCAGCUGCCAACGAAAGCGUGGAUGGAGGACUUUUCCGAGGAAGGAUCUUUUCAGUGGCUCAGCAAGCUGAAUCAGGGAUUUCAGUUUUAUUAUCAAGGUGCUAAUGUGGUCCAGAUGCGCUUUCUGAGAUUGCACAGUGGCACAGCUGUACAGAAGGUUACCUACUCCUGCCACCCAGGACACAGACUGGGCCCGGCCUACCGAGAUGUCAAAUUCCUCACUGACUCAAGGACACAAAGUUACCUCGGAGCAGUUCAAGAUUGUGUGCCUGGAGAGGAGAUGGAGUCUGGUCCUCGGGAGUCUGUGCUGGAGUUUGAGGACCUCCAUCUCCUUCCUCUGAGAGACGUGGCACUAAUGGGAGGAGGAAACGCGACAUACCAGUUUGGCCUCACUGUUGGACCUGUGUGUUUCAGUUAGAGAUGGGAGAAAACUGUACCAUCCCGGAAGAUUCUCAGGUCCAGGACACAAACUCUCUUUAAAUCAUGGACAAGUGGAACCUUCCAGUCUGUGAAGUUUUUGCUUCUUUAUCCUCUAGUGUUGGAGGAUUUUAUCCUUCAAGUUCAGUGACUUUGUAUGACUGAAUCUUUGAGGCCAAUAGUGCCCCCAGGCUUUUUUUCAUGGAGAAGGCAAUUUCGUUUACAGAGACAUUAAAUAAUUUAAGUGUAUGUUUUUUGGGGUUUUUUUUACAAGCAUCCUUUAUACAGUGUUUUGUUUUUUGUUAUGCAGUUAUGCAGGGAUAGUGUUACAGCUUGCUCACUGUAUAUAUAAAACGUCAGACUGUCCUCACUGAUGUCUAUAACAAUGUGUUCUUUACAGGGACACGGCUUCUGGUGUCCCAUAGGCCUGUGAAGCUCUCACUGUAAAUCCACUGUUCUAGUACUGUAAGUGAACCUAGGUGUCAUUUUUCUCAAGGUGCUAAUUUUAUUCAAAAGACCACCAUUUAUUUAAUACAAAAACCAAUAGAAAGGGACAGUUAUGUUACUUGAUUUUACCUGUCUGUUGUCAACAAGACCAACUGUCUUCAUCUCUUGAAAUACAAAUUAUUGUUUAUUGUUUUCAAUGUUUAAUGUUGCUAUGUUUUUUUUUUUGUUUCCUUUCUUUAAAUUUGUCUCAGGUAUGACUACACAUGUUGGCACUGAAUCCAAUGUUGCCACUCUGUUGUCCAGUUUUGUAGUUUGGCCUUUAAACCAAACCUAGAAAAUCUUGAUUUCAAACAUUGGAUAAAUACACAUAAUCCAACAGUGAUUUGCUAAUGGUAAAUGAAAACACAAUAUGUGAUUGUCCACCCCUCAUCUUGUAGCUAGAGAUACUCACCAGAGAACUAAAUGUGAUGCAGCACGAGAAAAGACCAAGUAUCAUGGCUGUGCACAGAAACAGCCAAGAAACAACCAGACUUUCUAAUAUUUCCCAUGUUUAUGAUCACUGCCGGCAAAUAUCUCUCAAAACAAUAUCUAUGAAAUGCAUUUUAUUCAAGAGUUUAAUAUGCAUAACUUUGCAUAUAAGCAACACACAGUUUUGGUCCACAUGCUCAUCCAGCAAAGCUCUCGGCUACAAGGGGGAAAUCCUCACUCAGCACAGCCGUAUGGGGUGAGCUGGCCAGCCAGCCAGUGAAAUGUCAUCUCUGUUGUGGGCAAAAGACCUGCAACUGACAAAUAAAGGCUAUCUCAUCUCAUCUCAAAUGUGGCCCUUUAGCGAUGCUGGUGGCUUUUCUGACUUGUGGCGGCAACGCUGUGUGGCUUGUGAUCCAUUGGCAGUCGCUACAAGUGACUGUUAAUCUAUUUGCAUCAUUACUGAAGUAGAAUAAUUUACAGAACGGAUACAAUUUCAAAUAGAAAAUAAAGAUAGAUAAAUGUUUUUGGACGCUAAUAUAGAAGUUUUUAAAUUUUAGGAAACCAAAACCUUAAAAAUCUUGGACAAAUGUGUAUUUCUCCACAGCUGAAAAUAGCUGGAAAAAAAGUAAUUAUUAACUCCAGAUUCAUUUGUGGUUGUGCAUAGUAUCAUGGUGGCAUAAAAAUUGUAGCGCCCGUAUGUCUCCGGUAAUUCCUCAAAGUUUUUUUUCUAACAGAAUUCCACUUCAGUUUAGAGAAAAGCAUGAUUGGUGUAAUGACAGUUCUUCUUUUGGCUGCUUAGGUGUCACCCCAGUGGAUCAUCUUCCUCCAUCUCUAGCUCUCCUGUCACAGCAACCCUCUGCAUGUCCUCCUCCACUAUAUCCAUGAACCUCCACUGAGGUCAACUUCUUUUCCUCCUGCCUUCAGGAGCAUCUUCAACAUCCUUUGUCCAGUGUCCCUCCUUUUCACAUGUCCAAAUCAUCUCAGCCUCACCUCUCUAACUUUGUCUCCAAACCGCUCAACCUGAGCUAUCUUUCUGAUGUACUCAUUUCUAAUCACGUCCAUCCCGGCAAAAAUCUUAACAUCCUCAAAUCCUGAAAUCUGCCUUCUGUCAUCUGUCUUUCUGUCAGUGCCACCAUCUCCAAACCAUGCAUCAUAGGUUUCACUACCACGACCAUUAAAUUUUGAGAAGAUGUUUCCGCAUCCAAUAACUAAGUAGAUAAUUAAGUAAAUAAACAAAUUAGUAGUACAUUUUGAAUUGGGUUACACCUUGGAAACCAUACAGGAAAAAAAAAACUAAAUUGUCAGACAAAAGUGGGUAAUAAUCCAAUACAGUUUACCAUCACAUAGACUGCAUGCAAUGAAAGCCUGCAAAGAUAUGACUGGUCAAUGCAACUAUAAGUGGAAACCAGAGCUUUCAGUACCAAUCCCUUGGUACAUUCUAUAUAUUCAUGUAGAGAUUACCAGCCGUAUUAAAGUUAAUACUGGUUUCCAGCUCCAUAUUUGUAAUUCAUGUGCUUUACGACAGCAGCUUUGCAUGAUUCACAGUUGGAAAAAAAUCCUUAUUUACCUGACACUGAUCCUUUGUGCAGCCUCAAACAGACUGUUUUGAUUCCUUUCCCUUUAAGCCAGCUUUGUUGUGAUUGGCUGUCCCUUGCAAACAGAAUGUUCUGACAGCAAGUGGGUGGGUCUUCAGUGCUCACAUCCAGAGCUUUGACUCAAAAAUGACCAUAUUAAUAUUUAUUCUGUCUUUGACAUCACAGAUCCAGUAUAAGUAAAAGAAAAACAAAACAAAAUGUAAUCUAAGCAUUUACAGCUCUCUCUAACACGUAGACCUCUUUUUUUUUUUUUUUUUUUUAAGAAAUUACCAUUUAAUUUAAAAAAAUUGAAUCCACACUAGGUCUAGAAAUAUCCUGAUUAUCUAACUUACUGUUUGAAAGAAAUCUCCGUCCCGGGUCAUCCGUGGAUCGGGUUUUCCUCCGAGACGUGGGCACCUAUAAGCAGAGUUUUGUCUUUACCCUAUAAGAUUCAAAAUUAUUCAAAGUAACACUCAGGUAUGCCGUUCAGCAGGUUAGUUACGACGUCGGGAGUAGCUUGGGAGAACAAGGAAACACAGACUGCUUCAGGUUGCCUUCCCAAACCAACUCAAAGGUUUAUUCAUCAUACAACAGUUUAUAUAGAGGAAAAAGGUUCGUGUGUCAGCAGAUUCUCAGUUCAAACCGGUACAGACCAAAUAAGGAAGCGUCUUCCUGCCCUCUGAGCAAAGAAGUAUCCUUUGUAUAGUUUAUCAGUUCAGCUACAAUUUAUGAUUAUCCCAGCAAAAUACACUCCUAGACAUAGAACACAGAGUUCUUUCAUUAGUGAAUUCUGAAACAAACCACCUGACCUUUAACAAGCCUUUUUCUAAGAGAUAAAGAAGGGAGGAUGGGAGUAAGGAAGUGAUCUCUGUGGUAUUUUCGACCUUGAGGUACCAGCCUGUGAUUCUUACACAUUAAUUCUUGGGUCACAGAGAAAGAGAAAAACAACUAGUAAAUGGGCCUUAUUGAGUAACAGUUUUCCUGUAUAAUAUCACUAUAAAACAAUAUCCUGUAAAUGCUACCAUGGUAUCAAAAUAUCACAACACUGUUUUCCUCCAUUUUCUUUAAUGUCUUGGACAAAAAACUGCUGGAAUCUGACAAUCUGUCACAUUUUAAAUAAAUGUUUCAUAUCCUUCUCCCCCACACAUGUAGUACAUCAGAGUUUUUACCCUUUUAACAUGGGAAAUGUGACAUUCAACCAUGUGAGAAGUGUUAUGCAAACCAAAAAGUGAGACUAAACACAUAUAACCAGUAGUAGAGUAGUACCCUGACCCUGCUAAGAUUCUUUGACUCACUGUUAAACAAAAUUACCCACUUAGCUUUGAGAAAUUUCUGUUUACCUGAAUUUAUUCCUUAUUCAGUCUGCAAAGUGCUUGGGUCCAGUGGCAGGAGGAAAAUCUCAUAGCUACUCUGCAGAAUUUGUGCUUGUGUCCCAGAGUCGGUUCAGCUGUGAGUGAUGAGCAGUGUGCUGCAAAGUGUGCACAGAGAGUAAGAUGUCAGGGAGUUGGUGGUGAGAGCCCAAACAACAUCAGUCCAACUGGAGAACUAAAAAAAACAUCAUUCUCAAACCAAAGUCUGCCGGGAACCAGAGAGCCAGAAGUCAACCAGAUGAAUUACAAUUAAACAUCUCAGUCACAUUUGUUUCAUUCUGGCUUUGUGUUAAAUAUGUAAUAUUUUCUUUUUUGUAUUUAGAUUUUAUAAUAGCAUUUUAUAUGAUUGCCUUAGCUGGCUGAGACUGAUCAUUCUUACUUUGCUUGUUUUGUAAAAUUAUCACUCUUAAAAAUAUGAAACAAAAUGCUGGGCAUCUAACUUGUGUGAUCCCUCCAUCAACUUGUUCAAAGUGUGUCAGCUGAAUUAAAAAAAAUACAUAUACAUAACCAAAUAUUGUCUCAGUUCAAUUUUAUUAUUGUAAGUUUUGGAAUUAUUUGGUCAGUGAAAACCAUCCAACAUAUUUUGAGUGUUUUUGAUGAAACUAAGGUAGGAAGCUAUAAUUCUUUGAUAUAUGAGAGUGUUAGAGGACUUACUAAACAAACGUAUCUGACUUGACAGCAUUAAAAAAGUGAAAUUAAAUGUUUAAUAAUUUUUGUGCUCAACCAAACAGUUGAUUUGUCACUUUGUGGUGCUAAUGCUAACAUAACCUAAAUGUUAUUAAAAUUGAUUAUUUGCCAUAAAAUCA